AUGUCGUCACGCUCUACCUCCGCCAUCAUCGCCAGAGCGGUGAGCGGGCACCACUUGCUCAAGAUCGACGGCUACUCGCAAACCAAGGUGGUCACCGUUGCUAGCUACAUCCAAUCCUGCACUUUUGAUGUCGGAGGCCACAGCUGGCGUAUCAACUAUUACCCCAACGGCUUUCGCUCAGAUAGUACCGAUUACAUAUCUGUCUUCAUUCAGCUUGUCAGUGUUAGCAGGGACUUGCCGGUCGUGCCAAUCUUGCAGGGCAUCUCAGCACAAGGCUCGCUCAGUUUACUGGACCGGGAUGGGAAACCAGUGCCAUCAUAUACCCACACCUUCAAUAGAAGUUUCAAGACCUCUGAAGGAAGCUGGGGCUGGUACAGUUACAUCACAAGGUCGGCGCUGGAGAACUCAGGUUACCUCAAGGACGAUAACUUCACUCUCAGGUGCGACAUCACCGUCACGGAGCUGCGCGUAGAGGAAACAGAGGAUUGCGAUUUCGCCGAUCUCCUGUGGAAGAAGGAGGGGGCAGAUGUGGCCUUCGAGGUUGAUGGUGAGACACUCACCGCCCAUCGAUGGGUGCUGGCUGCCCGGUCACCGAUCUUGAAGGCAGCAGUGAGAGCAGAACUCCUUGGCGAGCUGGAAAGGGAGAGGAACACGCCCAUAGCCACCGUGAGGAUCGACAACAUGGAGGCAAAAGUGUUCAAGGCUUUGCUCCACUACAUAUACACCGACACAUUGCCUGAUGAGAUGGACAAGGGAGAUGAGGCUGCGACAGCAAUGGCGCACGGAUUGCUUGAAGCGGCGGAUAGGUACAAGGUGGAGAGGCUGAAGCUGAUCUGCGAGGACAUGCUGUGCAAACGUGUCUCCACAGGCACGGCGAUAACCACGCUGGUGUUAGCGGAGCAGCACCACUGCCAGAGACUCAAGAUAACGUGCAUCGACUUCCUCGUGUCUCCCAAGAAUAUGGAAGUCGUCUUGGAAAAUGGUGGUUUCAAGCAUUUACAGAGGAGCUGCCCCUCUGUUCUCAUGGACCUCAUAGAAAGGGCGAAAGUGGCCUGA